CGUGCCGCGGGCGCCAGAGUGGCGGAAGCUGCCUCUGGAUGGAUGGGGUUUUCCUUGUGUAGUUGCUGUGGCUGUGCUUGUAAUUCAGAAAGACUCCGGCGGCGUGUCCCUCACCCGCGCUCCUCCUCAGACUUCCAGGAUGUCUGCGAUUCCUGCAGAAGAGAGCGACCAGCUGCUGAUCCGACCCCUAGGAGCUGGGCAAGAAGUAGGAAGAUCAUGUAUUAUUCUGGAAUUCAAAGGAAGAAAAAUAAUGUUGGACUGUGGAAUCCACCCUGGCUUAGAAGGAAUGGAUGCUCUUCCUUAUAUUGAUUUGAUUGACCCAGCUGAGAUUGAUCUUCUGUUAAUUAGUCAUUUCCAUUUGGAUCACUGUGGAGCUUUGCCCUGGUUUCUGCAGAAGACAAGUUUCAAAGGAAGAACAUUUAUGACUCAUGCCACAAAAGCUAUUUAUAGAUGGCUUCUUUCGGAUUAUGUCAAAGUUAGUAACAUAUCAGCAGACGACAUGCUAUAUACUGAGACAGAUUUGGAAGAAAGCAUGGACAAAAUUGAAACCAUCAACUUCCAUGAAGUUAAGGAAGUUGCAGGAAUCAAGUUCUGGUGUUACCAUGCAGGUCACGUCCUGGGAGCAGCCAUGUUCAUGAUUGAGAUCGCUGGCGUAAAGCUUUUGUACACGGGUGAUUUCUCAAGACAAGAAGAUAGACACUUAAUGGCAGCUGAAAUUCCUAAUAUCAAGCCUGAUAUUCUUAUUAUUGAAUCUACUUAUGGGACUCAUAUCCAUGAGAAACGUGAGGAGCGAGAAGCAAGAUUCUGUAACACCGUCCAUGACAUUGUAAACAGAGGGGGCAGAGGGCUCAUUCCUGUCUUUGCCCUCGGAAGGGCUCAGGAGCUGCUGUUGAUUCUAGAUGAGUACUGGCAGAAUCACCCAGAACUACAUGACAUCCCAAUAUAUUAUGCAUCGUCUCUGGCCAAGAAGUGUAUGGCUGUGUACCAGACGUAUGUAAAUGCCAUGAAUGAUAAAAUCCGAAAGCAGAUCAACAUUAAUAAUCCCUUCGUUUUCAAACACAUUAGCAACCUGAAGAGCAUGGACCACUUUGAUGACAUCGGUCCCAGUGUUGUAAUGGCCUCUCCAGGCAUGAUGCAAAGUGGCUUAUCCAGAGAGUUGUUUGAAAGCUGGUGUACUGAUAAGAGGAAUGGUGUCAUCAUAGCAGGGUACUGUGUAGAGGGGACACUUGCCAAGCAUAUCAUGUCUGAACCUGAAGAAAUCACUACCAUGUCUGGGCAGAAGUUACCACUGAAAAUGUCCGUUGAUUACAUUUCUUUCUCUGCUCACACAGAUUACCAGCAAACCAGUGAAUUUAUUCGUGCUUUGAAACCGCCUCAUGUGAUUCUAGUCCAUGGAGAACAGAAUGAAAUGGCCAGACUGAAAGCAGCACUGAUUCGAGAAUAUGAAGAUAAUGAUGAAGUUCACAUAGAGGUUCACAAUCCUCGGAAUACAGAGGCUGUGACCUUAAACUUCAGAGGAGAAAAACUAGCCAAGGUCAUGGGCUUUUUAGCAGACAAAAAACCAGAACAAGGCCAGCGGGUCUCAGGAAUACUUGUUAAAAGAAACUUUAAUUAUCAUAUACUUUCUCCUUGUGACCUGUCCAAUUAUACCGACUUGGCCAUGAGCACUGUGAAACAGACCCAAGCCAUACCAUACACUGGGCCCUUUAAUUUGCUCUAUUACCAGCUGCAGAAAUUGACAGGUGAUGUAGAAGAAUUAGAAAUUCAAGAAAAACCUGCUCUGAAAGUAUUCAAAAAUAUUACUGUAAUACAGGAACCAGGCAUGGUGGUACUAGAAUGGCUGGCAAACCCUUCUAAUGAUAUGUAUGCUGACACAGUAACAACGGUGAUCUUAGAAGUUCAGUCAAAUCCGAAAAUAAGGAAAGGUGCAGUACAAAAGGCUUCUAAGAAAUUAGAAAUGCACAUUUACAGCAAGAGGUUGGAAAUCAUGCUCCAGGACAUAUUUGGAGAAGAAUGUGUAAGUGUAAAAGAUGGUUCUGUCCUUAGCGUCACCGUGGAUGGGAAAACAGCUAAUAUUAACUUGGACACACGGGCUGUAGAAUGUGAAGAAGGAAGUGAAGACGAUGAGUCCCUCCGAGAAAUGGUGGAAUUGGCUGCACAGAGGCUGUAUGAGGCACUCACGCCAGUUCACUGACUACCUUUUAUCACUGUGUGUUAAAAGCUUUUUUUAAUUUUGAGUCUACUUCUGUUAUUUCAAAUAAAAUACCUUAGUUUUCUGGGGGUAGCCUGUUUA